AUGCGGCCGCUCAGCCAGGUGCCUCGGGCAUUCCCCGCACAUUUCCGCGCCCUUCAAUGCCGGCCCAGCGCCCUCUCGCCACGCUAUUCCUUCCCUCUUCAAGGAGCAGUGCGUUGGUCUGGUAGUUCAAAGGCAGGACACAAGAAUGACGCCAAUGCUGGACAGGAAAACGGUGCCAAUACUGGGCCUUCUGGCAACCGUUCAGGCUCGCGGACUUCAGGCAGGACCCUGUUAGCCUCUGCCUUGGCUGCAGGGGUCGGCUAUGCAUAUGCUGUGACGAGCGGACAGUCCCAGUCCUUGAAUAGCAAGCAUCCCAAGUAUGGAUCUGCGAAGGAUUUUGAGAAGGCCAUUGCAGAACUGCGAGCCACGCUAGGCGAUGAGGUCAUCAGCACCGACAAGGACGAUCUUCAACAACAUGGGUUUUCAGAAUGGUCCAGCGUCAAUGCUGAUCGUCUGCCAGUUGCCAUUGCCUACCCGGCGAGUACAGAGGAUGUUUCCAAGAUCGCCAAGAUCUGUCACAAAUACAAAAUGCCAAUGAUACCCUACUCCGGAGGUUCUAGUCUGGAGGCCAAUUUUUCGGCCCCUCUAGGCGGAUUGACCAUUGAUUUCGUGACGAUGAAUAAGAUACUUGAGUUGCACGAAUCUGAUAUGGACGUGGUGGUUCAACCGUCUAUUCAAUGGAUGGAUCUGAAUGAGAAGAUUAAGGACAGCGGUCUCUUCUUUCCCGUUGACCCGGGACCGUCUGCAAUGAUAGGUGGCAUGAUUGGGACAAACUGCAGCGGAACCAAUGCCGUGAGGUACGGGACCAUGAAAGACUGGGUAAUUAACCUUACUGUCGUGCUGGCGGAUGGUCGGGUCAUUAAGACACGUCGCCGUCCACGCAAAACUUCAGCUGGGUAUAACCUGACAGGAAUGUUUGUUGGGUCUGAAGGAACACUUGGUAUUGUGACUGAAGCUACCCUGAAAUUGACGCCGAUUCCAGAGCAAACUCGUGUCGGCGUGGUGACCUUCCCCACUGUACGUGAUGCGGCAUCCACUGCCAUGCAGCUUGUUCGAAAAGGGAUUCAAGUACAGUGCAUGGAGAUUCUUGAUGAGAUACAGAUGGAUGUCAUCAACCGCGCUGGAGGAACUGGAAGAACAUGGAAGAAAUUGCCCACUCUGUUCUUCAAGUUCUCCGGCACCAAAGCUGGGGUCGCGGAUAGCAUUAACCUGACCAAAGCACUAGCAAAGAACAAUAACGCAAGCUCGUUCGAAUUUGCAAGAGAUGAACGAGAAGCUCACGAUUUAUGGUCUGCGCGAAAACAAUCGCUAUGGAGUAUGCUGGCUCUAAGAGAGCGAGGAUCCGAAGUAUGGUCAACCGACGUUUCCGUGCCGAUCUCUAGAUUGCCAGACAUUAUUGAAAUCUCCAAGAAAGAACUCGAUGACCUGGGAAUCUUUGCCAGUAUCCUUGGGCAUAUCGGAGAUGGCAACUUCCAUGCAAGUAUCUUAUAUGAUCGCACUAUUCAAGAAGAAAGGGAGCGAGUAGAGAAGGUUGUGUACGACAUGGUCGAUCGUGCAUUAGAAAUGGAAGGCUCUUGCACUGGUGAACAUGGUGUGGGAUUGGGCAAGAAAGAUUCACUGAAAAAGGAGCUUGGCCCAGCCACGAUUGGAAUUAUGCGUUCCAUCAAGAAGUCUCUCGACCCACACUGGUUAUUGAAUCCUGGCAAGAUCUUCGAUUAUGAGGACGAAGCAUAG